AUGGACGAUGACCGGCAAUAUGAAAACGGUAGACACAAGGUGGAAUACUACAGAGGCGCACAUUCCCCGUGGAAUGCGGAUCCCCAACAUCAAAUAAAGGAACAAAAUGCUCUAGUUAUGAAUAAAAAAAUUAGGUCCAUUAUGGCUGAGAGACAGGCUACCCUUCUGGAAAUUGAACUAGAGGCUGCGAUAACCGCAAAGAAUGAUGCCUUGGCUGCUCGAGACGUUGCCCUUAGGCAGAGGGAUGAAGCACUCGCUCAGAGGGAUAAUGCUCUGUUGGAACGGGAUAACGCCCUUGCAGCCCUUCAAUGUCGGAAUAGUUCUGCCAACUUUUCAUUCAAUGGUGGAAAUCACCGCGGAUCAAAGCGGACGCACCAUUCUUCAAACCGUAAUCAAUCCAACAUGACAGAAGCAGCAUAUAGCUCAACAGAUAUAAUAAUAAGAGAUGCCUCCCCAGUAACUGUUAUAACUUCCGAAGCCAUCGAGUCUCAUCUAACUAAGACAGCAAAGGAUAAUUCCAAGGCAUCAAAGACACCUUCAAAAGUAAAGAAAAUGGGUGAGGAUUUAAAUAGGAAGGCUUAUUCUGAAGGGACAAAGAUCAAAUCUGAAUGGGAUAGACAGGAUGUUGGCUUGAAUUUGAUUACUUUCGAUGAAACUGUCAUGCCUGUCCCAGUUUGCACGUGUACCGGAGCACCACGGCAGUGCUACAAAUGGGGGAACGGUGGAUGGCAAUCAUCUUGUUGUACUACGACACUGUCAAUGUAUCCACUACCACAGCUUCCAAACAAGCGCCAUGCUCGCAUCGGAGGACGGAAAAUGAGCGGCAGUGUUUUUACAAGACUUCUCAGUAGGUUUGCAUCAGAAGGCCAUGACUUAUCUUUACCAUUGGAUCUUAAGGAUUACUGGGCCAGACAUGGAACAAAUCGCUACAUUACCAUCAAGUAG